CCAGCAUGGAAGGUACCUCAGAUGACCCUCCGACUUCUACAGUUGUGUUGGACAGCUACCACUUCUCUCAAGUCAUCUUUACAAACGUGGAGAAGUUCUACAUCCCUGGAGCGGAUGUCACGUGCCACUACAACCUUUCCGAACACAUCACUCCUCGCAGGAAAGACUGGGUGGGCAUUUUCAAGGUAGGAUGGAAGACUACGCGUGAGUAUUAUACGUUCAUGUGGGCACCGUUGCCAAGCAGUCCUGACAGUGCUGAACAUCAAGUCUUGUUUAAAGCUUACUACUUGCCAAAGGAUGAUGAAUACUAUCAGUUCUGCUAUGUCGACCAGGAUGGGAUAGUCCGUGGAGCCAGUGUCCCCUUUCAGUUCCAUGUGGCAUCUGAGGAUGACAUGCUGGUGGUGACUACGCAGGGAGAAGUAGAGGAGCUUGAACAGCAAAAUAAAUCUUUGCUUCAAGAAAACCAGAAACUGAAAGAAACUUUAACAAAUCUGCAAAAGCAGAAUGAGGACUUACAGGAGCAGAUUGUGAAGGCACAAGAGACGGCGAAGGAGCUGGAGGAUAAAGUCCAUUUAUUGCAGAGUGGAACCAUGGAGCUUCAGAGAGCUCAGGACCUCCAGGCUUUAGAGAUGAGCUCAGCUCAAAAGGAACUGGCCAUCAUUAAAAAAAAUAAUGUCCAACUGCAAGAGGAAAACCAGGAUCUUAAAAGAAGAGUGGAGGAUUUAAGCCGUGACAAUGAGACCCUCAGUUCAGAAGCAAAACGUGCCCAAGAGGAGAUCACAUGUCUGGAAGUCCAGAACAGUGACAAGGAGGCAGAACUACACCAGAUGAAAGAAAAGAAUCAAAAACUGUUGACCGAAAAGGAGGAGCUGGAAAACAAGUUGAAAGCUGCCCUGGGUUGCGUGGAUGAGCUUCAGGUGGGCUGCUUCUGGAUCCUGUUUGUCCAUCUUUCUCUUGAAUGGAGAUCCCAAGCGCAGAAAGUAAAGAAGGAAUUAGAAAAGCUCAAAAAAACAGAUGGCGGUAAAGCCAAGCUCUUGGAGGAGAUGAAGGAAGAAAAUAAGCAGUUACAUGCCGCCUUGCUUAGAAAGAAUGAUACUCCAAUGACAUGCCGCAACGAAUCCGUACCUGCUUGGGCCCUCGCUCAGUCAUCAGAAAAUGCUGCUCUUGUGUUUGGGAACCCAUAUUGUGGCACCCUAGAGCGUCCUGAUCCAGAUUUGGUCUCCCUGAAAACAUGUCCGAUAUGCAAUGAAAUCUUCCUUCCUCAUCUCGAAGAGCAGUAUUCGGACCACGUGCGGAGCCACAUUCUCAACUGCCCGUAUUGCGAGGAGAGCUUCGACGAAUCCAACAAGCAAGUGUACGACGACCAUGUCUACUGCCACGGCUUAGACUAAGCUGCAGCCCACUGACAGAAUGAUCCACGAGGAACAGUGCCCUGGUUCUGUUUCUUUGUAUGUUUGGACAGGACAAUUUCUGUGGGGUUUGCCACUGUCUAAAUGUGCCAGGCCAGGGAUGCGGAGGUGUGAAACCUGCUUCUUGGCACCACAGCAUCAAUUGCUUCCUUCCUUCUUUCCAUCUUGCGACAUAUUAAUUAAAUGAACGCAGUGCUUUUGCUUGCUGUGUGAAAGGAUAGGUUAUCUUAAUUGCAUCCUUCUACAGCAUGAAUUGCGCUAUAGGUUAUUUUCAAAAGGAGGAGCUAUUUUUCUUCCCCUGUGCCUUUCACUGUAGAUGCUGAUUUGGCUUCCUCACUGUUUCUAAACAGCUGAAAUCUCUCUAGCAUAAGAGAGUGCUUGUAGUGUGGUUCUUGUCUAGCUAUGGAAACGGUAGAAACGUUUCAACAACCCUUAUCGUACAAUCAUGAACCGGCACAGCCUUCCCAGCCUCCAUCUUCAUGCAGGUUGUACGAGAGAGGUAGAGCUGUAGUGCUUGGAAGGGCGGACCUUCUAGUGUUUUGUAGUGGCUACAGUGCCAGACUGGAGCCCAGGUUCAAAUCCCUGCUUUGCCAUGAAAGCUCGGUGUGUGACCUUGCGUGAGUCACACUCUUUCAGCCUAGCCUACCUUGCAGGGUUAUCAUUGUGAGAAUAAAAUAGAACAAAGAAUGAUGCUAUGAGCUAGUUUGGGUCCCUGUGGGGUGGAAAAUAGCCAUGAGGUUGACAGGAACUGAGAGAAGAAGGACAAAAGUGGGGGGGGGGAAUAGAUUUUGUCUGGAUCACAGUUCUAAGUUAAGGUUUUGUUCCUGGAAUCACCAGUGAUUUCACAGGUGCAUACGUCUCAUAUCACCAAAAGACACUUUGCAAGUGCUACAGCCCUUGUCUGUAAAUAGUUUCUUGGCAGGGCUGCUUUGAGAAAGGCCCUUGUGGCCAGUUCAGUUUCCGCAGGCAGCCUCUUCUCUGUCCAGCUUUCAUAUAUUUGCAAGGAACAGGGAAAAGGAAGACAGCUGACAGAUUUGCCGCGAACAGUGACAAGCCGCUAACAGUUACCCUACAGGCACUCCUCGUCAGAAAGUUCUCCUGCAUCUCGCCCUGUUGCACUGCAUCAGAGUCAUCAAUCACACCCACCAUGCUCUGCUAUGACUCCCACUCAUUUCAAGAGGACACGUUCAGCGGUUUAAACAACGGUGUCAGCAGGGGAAGAAAAAAGAUGGCAAGCAGGGGAGGAGGAAGCUCGAAGAUUUUCAGAGGGGGAGAGAGAGAGACUUUGCAAAAUACUUUUAGAAAGGGUUAGGCUCUGUCUAGUGUGUGUUUGAGAAAAUUCACAUAACCCUCUUUUCAUCCUAACUGAUUUGAAGUUCAUUUUGGGAGCAAUUCUAAACAGGCCUAGCCAGAUGCAAGUCCCAUUUUAUUCCAUGGGCCGUACUCCUGGGCAAGCGUUCUUAGGAUUGCAGUCUGUCUUAGAAGUGGUCCCAUUGAUUUCAGUAGGAUUUAACUCCAAGGAAGUGUGCUUGGGAUUUCAGUUCUUCUCCAAGAUGCUGGCUGCAUCAAGGGCUCUAAACUUGCCAAACCAUUAUGCAGCUACCUUUUCCCAGCAUACAAAGCAAUGGUUACCACCAAAACAGCCAUCAGUAAAAUGUCAGCGGCUGGAAUUGAACUCACUUCCUCUUCCUGUAGAGAGUACAUGAGGGCUUACUACACAUUCUGUAUUCAGCUAAGUCCUUUUGCCAGUUUGUGUGUUGGCCGUAGUUUUCCAGGCGGAUGUCUCUCUUCUGUACAGCCCACAGGAAGUGAGGCACUCAAGAUCCUGUUCUUAGAAAUGGCCACUCUGCCGUUCCUCUUACCACUAAAUGCUGAUAGUUGACUCAGGAACCGAAGCAAUGACAUACUGAACUAACCUUUCAACAGAAACCUUUGUGCCUGCAUUGCCGCUUUGGACUUUCAAGGCUUGGUCCAAAUGUCUGAUUUACGGUUGUUGUUUUCAAAAGAAUGCACAUCCAGGGCAUGUAUGCUUAUAGAACUGAACAAGUGCCUAGAAUUCUUGCACUGCUUCUGAUGAUAAUGAAUAUGUUUUUAAAAGUAUUUUGCUGCUGACAGCCCAUUCUCUAUGCAAGACCAAAAAAAACCAUAACCACCGUCAACUUACCUGUAGGUAUUCUAUUUGUGCAUUGCCGUCCCACUUAAUGCCUUUAGGAGAAUCUUUUGAUUAUUCAUGGGAUCCUAUUUUUAAGUAUAUUUGGUGUUGCUUUUUUGAAGAAGGGCCUGUAAACUGUGUUCUUUAAGGUCGAAAGUUGGGUCUGUUGGCCUCUACAGUUAAAUAAAAAGAUUUCAGGUUCUUUA